AGUCGAGACAUAAGUAGAUUUUUUAAAACAACAACAUUCAUUUAUCCGCAUGAAUAGUAGAGUUCACGUGGAGUUUGAAGGUUCAAUUCACUUUGGAAAUUGUGAAGGUACUAUAUACAGUGUUCGCGACAGGACAGACAGGAUACAUUUAGGAUCUGGAAUCCAGUAUAUCGUAUGAAAAAUGGAAUGGUUCCACUCUCAGGAUGUGGCGCUGUGUAGUGGACUAAAGGAAAGCUAUGUAAAAGGGGAUUGUACAUUUCCAUUAUUACAAUUCUGCCUUGGAGAUGCGUUGAAACGAGCAGCAAAGAAAACGCCUGACAACGUUGCAGUUAUAUAUGCAGACUCUGAUGUUCAUGUUACAUUUAGUGAGCUGUCACAUCAGGUGAAAAUGCUGGCAAAGGGUUUGCUUGCACAAGGUGUUACCAAAGGUGAUGUUAUCCUUGUCAGUUGCGGCCAUGGGGCAGACUUCGCCACCCUCUUCUACGCCAUCGUCAGCAUUGGUGCCGUAUUUUUGAUGCCUUACAUGUACGAACCACAACAUAUAUCUCUGAAACAGAUCAUAAAUAAAGUAAACGCAAAGAUCCUUAUCAUAAAUGAGCGAAACACGUCACUGACUGAAGCACUGAAGACAAUCGCUCCAAAUAUGCUUGUAAGAAGUGGAAGU